UGUUUCAGUAAUCUACCAGGUACCCCUGAGGUUUUUUAGAUUUUCACCAGGUGCCCUUGUGCUUUAUGGUAAUUUCACCAGAUACCCCUGCUCACCAACGGGUAGUUUCACCAGGUUUUGUUCUGUAACAAUUGCUGGGGGAGGGGAAUAUGAAGUGAAAGAGGGGGCUGUCAAAUACCCUAUUAAGUUUGAUGCAAGGACUUGUGGUUGUGGAGUAUGGCAAAUAUCUGGCAUACCUUGCAGACAUGGCCUUAGGGUUAUUUACCACCAAAGACUUGAGGCUACUGAUUUUGUGUCUCACUACUUCAAAGGGCAAGCAUACAAGUUAACUUACUCAGAGCACAUACACCCCAUGCCUGACCCAACCCAAUGGCUUUCUUUUGACCUUCCUAUUAUCCUCCCACCACCCAUGAAGAGGGCAUCAGGUAGACCCCCUAACCUGAGAAAAAGAGGUAAACAUGAUCCAAAAAGGGGAAAGAGAAAUAGCACUGUGAGGUGUGGUAAGUGCAAGGAGGUGGGACACAAUGCAAGGACAUGCAGAGGUGGGGCCACUGCAAAGCAAAAGAAGGCUGCUGCUGCUGCUGCUGCUGCUGCUGGUGGUGGUGCUUUUGGUUCUGCUGGUGCAGCUGGUGCAGCUGGUUCUGGUGUAGCUGGUUCACAGCAAGGGGGAGAUCAAGGUGCUUCCAGUUCACAGCAACAACGUAAUGCAUCAAGUAAGGGAAAAAGGAAGCGUACUUGAUUUUGUGAUUUAUGCAUAACUUUUUGCUAAACUUAUCAUGUAUAUCUUUUGCCAAUGGGAGCAAGUUUUUGUAGAGCUACACUUAAAGUUUUUGCGUGUCGGGGGCACACUUUUGUAAAGCUACUUAAUUCGGAAAUGAAAUAUCAUAUUAUUGAUGAAAUGUCAUCAUUCACUUUCUCAUUACAAAUACUAGAAUAAAAAACAUUACAAUGCCAAUUUUGAUAGUUCCAUGCAUUAAUUUCUUUUGCUGCUUGAGUUUCUUCUUCAUUUGGUGAAUUUCUUCAUCCAAGCUUCUGUUUUCUUCAAUUUCUCCUUCCUUUGUGCUACCUCUGUUGUUUCUGAUUGGCAGUGGUUGCUCAAUGCUUCCCUUGCACCACUUGAAGUUGUCACAUAAGUCACACUUGUAAUAUAGUCUUUGAGGAUUUUUCAUUGUUUCAGAACUUCUUAUUGCAAAUUUUUUCCCACAUAUGUUGCAUGUUUUGUUUGGAACUAAAACGUAUGAGGAUUCAUACGUUGUAGAAGAAGAUUGGGAUUGAGAAUAUGAGCUCAUUUGAAGGUGAGUUGGGAAUUAGGAAAAAUAUGAGUUGGUUAAGGGGAAGAACAGAAAUUUGUAGUGAAGAGUUGCAGCGGCUCCCCCUUUAAAUAGAGAAGGAUUACCAACGGCUAGUUUUUUUUAAAAAAACUAGCCGUUGGUGAGCAGGGGUAUCUGGUGAAAUUACCAUAAAGCACAAGGGCACCUGGUGAAAAUCUAAAAAACCUCAGGGGUACCUGGUGAAAUAAUUACGAGGGUACCUGGUGAAAAAAAAGUUUCUAACGGCCACUUAACGGCAGGGUUAAGUCAUGCGAGAAAAUGAAACCUGAGGGGUACCUGGUAGAUUACUGAAACAACGAGGGUACCUGGUGAAUUAACUUAAACCUCGGGGGUAUUUCAUGAAAUAUCCGUU